UCGCCAAGUCGCUGUGCCGGUAAUUACGGCUCCCCUCUCCUUUGCAGUUCGGAUCUUACACCCUAUUUCCUACUCAAGGGGAUUUACUUCUAGUAAGCAUGUUUAAAAAGACGGCCCUGCAAUUCAAUCCGGAAAGCGUAAUAAGACGAGCGAGGGGGAAGAGCCGUCCCUUCCUCGGCCAGUCCCCGUUUGUAGGUGGCUCUCGAAGGAGCGCGCAUGCUCCGGAGAAGUUCAGGAGCUGCUUGGUUGAGGACCGUAAGAAGGAGCUCCUGCGGGUUGAAAGAGCAGCGGGGCCGAUGGCGAGCGGGGUUAUCAAAUGUAAGGCAGCCGUUGCCUGGGAGGCAGGAAAACCACUGUCUAUUGAGGAGGUGGAAGUUGCACCACCAAAAGCCCAUGAAGUUCGUAUCAAGAUUGUUGCCACCGCCGUUUGUCACACGGAUGCCUAUACUCUGAGUGGUGCUGACCCUGAAGGGAGUUUCCCUGUCAUUCUGGGCCAUGAAGGAGCAGGGGUUGUGGAGAGUGUUGGGGAAGGAGUGACUAAAUUUAAACCAGGAGACACAGUUAUCCCUUUGUAUAUUCCGCAAUGUGGAGAAUGUAAGUUUUGUGUAAACCCUAAAACUAACCUCUGCCAGAAAAUAAGAAUCAGCCAAGGAAAAGGAGUGAUGCCUGAUGGUACCAGUAGGUUCAUGUGUAAAGGCAAGCAAGUUCUCCACUUCAUGGGCACAAGCACUUUCUCAGAAUAUACUGUUGUUGCAGACAUUUCUUUGGCUAAAAUAGACCCUUCUGCUCCCUUGGACAAAGUCUGCUUGCUGGGAUGUGGAGUUUCUACAGGCUAUGGAGCAGCCCUGAACACUGCGAAGGUGGAAUCUGGCUCUACUUGUGCCAUUUUUGGCUUGGGUGGAGUUGGGCUAGCAGUAAUCAUGGGCUGUAAAGUGGCAGGUGCAUCUCAGAUCAUCGGGGUUGACCUCAACAAAGACAAAUUUGCAAAAGCCAAGGAAUUUGGGGCCACAGAGUGCAUCAGCCCUGAGGAUUUCAAGAAGCCCAUUCAAGAGGUCCUAGUUGAGUUGACAGAUGGAGGAGUAGAUUACUCAUUUGAGUGUAUCGGUAAUGUUGGUGUCAUGAGAGCAGCCUUGGAAGCGUGUCACAAAGGUUGGGGAGUGAGUGUGAUAGUUGGCGUUGCUGCUGCAGGUCAGGAAAUUGCAACCCGUCCAUUCCAGCUGGUCACUGGACGAACAUGGAAAGGAACUGCCUUCGGAGGCUGGAAGAGUGUAGAGAGUGUGCCGAAGCUGGUAUCUGAAUACAUGUCCAAAAAGAUAAAAGUGGAUGAAUUUGUGACUCACAGUUUACCUUUUGACAAAAUUAAUGAGGCUUUUGAAUUGAUGCAUGUCGGCAAGAGCAUCCGGAGUGUUCUAAAGUUUUAAGAAGCCUGAAGAUGGAACUCUGCCACUGUAGCAGUACAGCCCUGCAUAACAGUAAUCCAGCCUGCCUUGGUCAGAAAGCUCGAGUUUAAGGAAAACUGUUCAGUUAGAAUCAAGUUGGAAACACCAUCUGAUCUAAUAAUGUAAACAGCAAAACACUGUUCUCUUACUGUAGCAGCAUGUAUUAGCUGCUGAUCUUAGACACAGCUAAUAUUUCCUAUCUCUCAAUAUACCACUAAGUGCCAGAAAUCUGUAACAUUCAUCAAUAAAUUUAGAGUGUUUAUGUAAAAUCAGUAGCUUUUUGUUCUAAAAUACCUUGUAAGAGAUGUAAAAAAAACUUUGUACAAGAAUGAUGAUUAAACGCCCCCCUAUUUAGGCAUA